CAUUGUAUACUUCCAGGAGUGACAAAAUCUAUUCGACGAUUUUUUACACCUCCAACCUGGAUCGAGACUGCGCCUGUUUGUGAUGACUUGCAAGAGGAUCACGUGCUAAUGGAGGUUAUCUGUUUCGUGUCCAAUGCGUCGUAUCCACCUUGGAGUAUUGUUGGAUUGGGUUCAUGCUCUUCACUUCCCCGUUCAAUUUUGUUCGGCUGAGCUGACAGAUCCACAAACAAAUACUAGACAAUGAAUAUCCAUCUCUUUCAAGCGAGAACAACGACUAACCAAGGGAAUGCGAGUGAGAUGAGAUGACGGCGUACCGCGAUAUGAUUUGCAAGCUUUCGUAUCUGUGGUUGCGGAGGAGAACGUACCUAAGUAGUCAUGUCGUGACGCGCUUGCAUCGCCUCGAACAAUGCUGCAGAGCUGACCAGCUUGCACAUUCUCUUGUUAGCUGUUCAUCAGCAUUUGUGCGCCACUACUCACACGUAAAAAUGCGCCGCCCUCGCAUGCAGGUGGUUGAAGACGUUCAUCUGCGCAGCCAGCUGCUAGCGUCCAGUCAUCGCACCCACCAAAGCCAACCUACACAAUCUGCUCCUCCACGAACCAAUCAAGCUGAGCCCAACAGACACCCAGCCCUAGAGUCCAGGCGCCCUUGGCCCCGCGUAGAUAACUUGAAUGGCGGCUGCCCAGCCAAGAGAUGCUGUCUGAGAUGCAGGUUUCCACGCGGGACGAUCAGUUGGUCUGGGUUUCUGGUUCAGAUGACGUAUAGCGCAACCCAUCUACCCACCAACCCCUGUCUCGAUGCUACCACAGCGGGCCACAAACUUGUAACAAGCACGGUGCAAGUGAUCGAAGAUGAGAUCACCGCUGGCGCAGAUGGCGUACACACGGGAAGGCGCGAAUCUGCGGGUGGAGUAUAUAUGGCUGGCUGCCUGAUCCGCGAGUUGUGGCUUCACAUGCAAACACACACAACCUCACAAAUAUCCCCUCUCACUAUCCAUACACUUCAGCCAGAUUAGUUAACAGUAUCUAUACUGCCCAAGAUGACAGACCAAAACAAGGGAUCACAAAAGACCUACAGGGAGUCCGCGGGAGAGUACUACAACCAAAAGUACGAGACAUGGAUGCCAUGGAUCGAGGACCAGUACCUGAAGUGGUUCACCAAGGACAACAAGGCAUCUUAUGCUACCAAACGUACGUCUCUUACUACUCUGAAUUAUCCCUAAACUAUAGAUCCCU